UCCCCCUGUCAGGGGGUCCCUCUCGAGGAGCAAACAAAAGAGGGCUCCCUCUGGGCCUGUGGAGACUCCUUUUCCAGGAUUUUCCCAAAAGGGAACAACUACUUCAAAUACCGAAGUGAUUAAAUAUGGACCAGUAUCAUCUGAGUGACGACAGUUCACUCCAUUCUGAAAUUCAGCUCCCUGAAUUUUCUGGGAAUCAGGUGUUGGACUGUAGUGAUACAUUCAGCCAUGAUCUUUGUCCAGAUAUGAGGGACAUGAUUUAUGCUGGACUGAACAAUCUGGAUGUGGAUCCCAGCCUUUCAACUACAAAUAUAAACAGUGAUUCGUUGGAAGACAACCUGGACACCUUGUCUCUGUAUUCGGUAAAAGACUGUGAUUCCGCUAAACUCCUCGAUGAUUGUGACCCAGACUCACAACCGCUUUUGCAUGAACUGGGGCUUCAUGCCCCUUCAGCGCCAAAAGAAGUGGAGCCAGGAGGCAGAUCCGGUUCCGGCAGCGGAAAAAAAGGAAGACCUCAGCAAAACGCCCUUCAAGCUCCUUUCCUGGAUUGCAGCCUGUGCGGGAAGGUGUUCAGCAGCACCAGCUCCCUCAGCAAGCACUACGUGACUCAUAGCCAGGAACGGAAGCACAUCUGUAAGAUCUGCAGCAAAGCUUUCAAGCGACAGGACCACUUGAGCGGUCAUAUGCUGACCCACCAAAAAACAAAGCCCUUCAUUUGCAUAGAAGAAGGUUGCAAUAAGAGCUACUCGGACCAUCGAUCGCUGCGCCGGCAUUACGAAAUGCACCACGGCCUGCGGCUGCUGAAGGACGAGGAAGCCUGUGAGAGCACACCGCCUCCGCACGAUUCGCACGCCCAGGCGGGACAGAGCAGUUUGAGAGCGGCAGAGAGCUUGUCUGCUCACCCGGAAUCGCAAGCGCCCAAUCAUUCCCUCCUGCCCAACCGAGACCUGCUGAGAUGCAUCGUUAGCAGCUUGGUCGGCCCGAAGCUUCCGUCCGCUCCUUCCUCAUCUGUAGGACCGAACGAAACCAACUCCAGGGGACCCUUGCAGCCUUCCAGCUCGGUCUACGGUCAGAUUUCCUGUGCGCCCACCUGUAGCGCUACUGCGGUCAGAGAAACCCCCGGCGAGAAAGCCAUGAAGGACAUUUACCCUUGCCGAAAGAACUUACCUUCUUCCAGCAUGUACACUAUCAUCAACACGGGGAAUUUAUCCAUACUUGGGCCAUCGGAAAGCCAUACAAAUUUGCCAGACAGGCCUUCCCACUCGGAACGCGACUUCCCCAUAGAAGCCAGCGCUUUGGAGUAUUGGUCCAACAGCGGUAUGCCCCGUUUCCCCUUAUUCAGAGGCCAGAAGUUUCCUACCCCCACCCAACAGCCAAGCAGCAGUGUCCAGUGGGCCAGAAACGCACCCCCAGUUGGCGCCAAAGCCAAAGGACACGGCCUUUACGUUGCUCAACUGUCUUCUGCCGGCCACGAAGCUUCCCAAGGGAUAAUGGGACCGUCUCAUGCGUUUGACUCCGUCAGGCCCACCUUCGAGUGUCCAGAUGUUUUACCUUUCCCUCCGGCUUCUUUAAAGACCCACGGGGAAGUUUCCGGAGAAGCCAGACUCCGGUGCUUUGAAGAGACGUUCAGCCCAGCGGCGAGACUUUCGGACACCCCGAAACAUAGCCUACUCCAGAAGGGCGAGGCCACGCCGCUCUUCCGGCAGCUCUUCAUGAAAUCCAAGGAAUCCUCUCUGAGCCAGGAUCAGCUCCAAGUCCAGAGUCACCUUUUCCAGAGGAUCACCAAAUCUCAGCACAUCGUGUCCCACACCAAGGUGUUGGCUCCAUCGAACGAGGCCGAACCGGUGGGAGCCAAACCGGUUCCCUGUGGGUUUCAGGAGCAGGCGGAUUUGGCUCGCCCGGCCGUGGAAAACGACGGGCCUCCUUUGACUCCAUUCCAAGCCGACUUUUCACCUGAUCUCGAAAAAGACGGGCACCAACCGCCUUUGCCCGCUUUUCAUUCGUCUGCCCUGCCCUCUGUAACCACAAGCGGUGUUCCUCAGGCAAAGCACUCCCGGCCUUCCAAAAGAUGCCUAGAGUGUAAAGAAUUUUCCAGCCCCAAUCAGUACGAAAACACCCCAGGAAACCACACUUACGGGAAGCCAAGGGAAUUGGAGAACGACUCCCCUUUACCCAGGAAGAAAGAGAAGGCCAAGGCUUGUGCUAAAGAGUCCGGCAGCAAAGGACAUUCUCGCAGCGGUCGGCCCCGCCGGAAGGAGAAGCCCAAGUUUGACAUCACCGCCAUGGCCUCCCCUAGUCAAGUCGCCAUGGCUUCCUUUUCCUUGCCCAGCACCUCAUUUGAGAGCGUGUCCAGAGCCAAGCCCAAGCUGACGAUUUUCAACAGAAUUCAGGGUGGAAAUAUCUACAGCUUUACUAAUGCAGUCAAAGAGGAAUGCUUUUCUCCUGGAUGUAGUAAGUCUGAGGCAGAUCCUGGAGACAGGAGUGAGAAAGGGAACAGCUUUCGCUGUGCAACCUGCAAUCAGCUGUUUUAUACCGAAAGGGGCCUGAACAGCCACAUGUGUUUCUAUGGUGAGCAGUGGCAGUCUCCGUCAGGGAAGGAAAAGCAGCAGGCCUUUGAGGCAGAGAAGUGGCCCUUCCAGGCAGCAGCGGACCGAGCGGUUCCUCCCGAGAUGAAAAGGUUUUCAGAAGAUGGAGCAGUAGCGCCGAUCGUAAUGCCUGUCUCGGUGCCCAUAAUGGCUGCCAACCAACAGCAAGUUAAUGAGAAGGAAAGCCAGGAUGAGAAAGAUCUUCAGGAAGGCAUGCCCCCCAAGAAGAAGAAGAAGCGAGCUCAUCCCAAAUCCCUGCUCAUCCCACCUCCGUCACCUGCUGGGAAUGAGAUUCACCCUGGCACUGGAGGCUGCUACCAGAGUAACCUUCGCUCACCUGUCUUCCUCAUGGACCAUUUUCUUCAAGGCUUAAUGCAGUGCUCUCCGUACACGCCACCCCCGAUGCUCAGCCCCAUUCGUGAGGGCUCCGGGCUCUACUUCAACACCCUCUGCUCUACUUCGACAAAUCCCACUCCUGUCUCCAUGUACACCUCCGUUUUAGACGGGAUGGAUGGAGCCCUUUUAUUCUCCCUUGUGAAAGAUACUACCAAAAUUAACAUAGAACCGCACAUUAACAUUGGAAGCCGAUUCCAGGCAGCUAUACCCGAUCUCCAAGACAGAUCAAACCUUGAGGACUAUGAGCACCCAGCCUCAUUAGUCUGGAAGCCCUGGGGAGACAUCGUCACCAACAAGGAGACCCAGAAAAGAGUGGCAGAUCUGCUAAAGUUGGCCUGUUCCAGCGCGAUGCCAGGCGGAGGGACCAAUUUAGAACUAGCUAUACAUUGUCUGCACGAAGCCCAAGGAAACAUUUUGGAAGCACUGGAGAUGAUGUUACUCCAAGGGCCACAGAAGCCUCCUGGACAUUCUCUUGCUAACUACCAUUACUCAGGUUCACACCUGUGGACGCCUGCUGAGAAGCAGUUGUUCAAGAAAUCCUUUGCCCUGCACAAAAAGGACUUCUACCUCAUACAGAAGAAGAUACAAACUAAGACCGUUUCUCAGUGUGUCGAAUACUACUACAGCUGGAAAAAAAUAUUAAAAUUUGACUGCAACCGAGCGCAGGUGGGAGAAAAGAGACCCAGGACUGAGCAGGAUGAGACGGAAUUGGAUGAAGAAAAGAUUGUAUGCAGCCCCAAGAAAAGGCACUGCCACCUGCCUGAACAGGAGAAUAAGCCGAAAUCAAGGAAUUACAAAAAGGCAGCGCAUAGUGCUUUCAGUCCAGCCAGCAGCCAGAAGGACGUUCUGGAUACCCCCAGAAACACAGGCAGCCAGGGGGUCUUUCCAUGUAAAGAGUGUGCCAGAGUGUUCGACAAGAUAAAAAGUCGGAAUGCCCACAUGAAGCGCCAUCGCCUACAAGAACAAAUGGAACCAAUGAUAAAAAUUAAGUGGCCCAUAAAGCACUUGAAAAACGAACCAAAAAAGGAAGAAAAAAACUUGGACAUGGAUUUCCUCCAGUGGUAAACUGGGAAGGAGCCGUUUCGGGCUGUGUCUUGUAGAGUUCUGUUAAUAUUACUAUUUUUAUUUUGAAGGAGGAUAAAGUAGAACCGAUCAGUGAGAAAUUGACAUUGUAUUUCGAAUCUUUUCUGUGACUGAUAUUGUACAACUGCUUUUUUGAUUCACUCUAUAUAGCGCCGAAGUGACCUGUGUUCUUGUUAUUUUGUAUGCACUCAGUGUUGGUUAUUAAAUUGGGUUUUUGCAACCAAAACUGCA